GGCAGUCCAGAGUCUCCUCCCAGGCACACCAGGCACCAUGGACUCCCUAGGGUACAACUGCUUUGUAGACAAAGACAAGAUGGAUGCUGCCAUCCAGGAUCUAGGACCAAAGGAGCUGAACUGGACUGAGCUGCAGGAGCUGAAACAGCUGGCCCGAGAGGGAUUCUGGGCUCAGAGCCACACCUUGCGGAGAAAGGUAUACCAGCGCCUGAUCCGGGACAUCCCCUGCCGCACAGUCACACCAGAUGCUAGUGUGUACAGUGACAUUGUGGGCAAGAUUGUAGGCAAGCACAGCAGCAGCAGCCUGCCUCUUCCAGAGUUUGUGGACAACACUCAGGUGCCGAACUACUGCCUGAAUGCCCGGGGUGAGGGGGCUGUGCGCAAGAUCCUCCUGUGCAUUGCCAACCAGUUCCCUGACAUCUCCUUCUGCCCUGCGCUGCCAGCUGUGGUGGCCCUGCUGCUUCACUAUAGCAUCGAUGAGGCUGAGUGCUUUGAGAAGGCCUGCCGCAUCCUGGCCUGCAAUGACCCCAGCAAGAAGCUCAUCGACCAGAGCUUUCUGGCCUUUGAGUCAUCCUGCAUGACGUUUGGAGACCUGGUGAACAAGUAUUGCCAGGCAGCCCACAAGCUGAUGGUGGCUGUGUCAGAGGAUGUGCUGCAAGUCUACUCUGACUGGCAGCGCUGGCUUUUUGGAGAGCUACCCCUCAACUACUUUGCCCGUGUCUUCGAUGUCUUCCUUGUGGAAGGCUACAAGGUAUUAUACCGUGUUGCCCUGGCCAUCCUCAAAUUCUUCCACAAGGUGAGAGCAGGGCAGCCCCUUGAAUCAGACAAUGUGAAGCAGGACAUCCGCAUGUUUGUCAAAGACAUUGCCAAGACAGUAUCCCCUGAGAAGCUGCUAGAAAAAGCAUUUGCCAUCCGCCUCUUCUCCCGCAAGGAGAUCCACCUCCUGCAGAUGGCUAAUGAGAAAGCACUGAAGCAGAAGGGCAUCACUGUCAAGCAGAAGAGUGUCUCACUUUCUAAAAGGCAGUUUGUGCACUUAGCUGUCCAUGCAGAGAACUUUCACUCAGAGAUCGUCAGUGUGAAGGAGAUGAGAGAUAUCUGGUCCUGGGUCCCUGAACGAUUCGCCCUCUGCCAGCCUCUCCUGCUCUUCUCCUCAUUGCAGCAUGGGUACAGCCUGACCAGGUUCUUUUUCCAGUGUGAAGGACACGAACCCACUCUCCUGCUCAUCAAGACCACACAGAAGGAGGUGUGUGGAGCUUACCUGUCAACGGACUGGAGUGAGAGAAAUAAAUUUGGCGCCAAACUGAGCUUCUUUGGGACCGGAGAAUGCUUUGUGUUCAGGCUGCAGCCCGAGGUGCAGCGUUAUGAGUGGGUGGUCAUCAAGCACCCGGAGCUGACCAAGCCGGCCUCCUUCAUGUCCUCAGAGACCAGCACUCCCUCUCCACUUAGCCACUCUGUCCCCUCAGACCCUGCUGACCGGCUCUCACCGUUCCUGGCUGCUCGGCACUUCAACCUGCCUUCCAAGACUGCGUCCAUGUUCAUGGCUGGGGGCAGUGACUGCCUCAUCAUUGGAGGAGGGGGUGGCCAGGCACUCUACAUCGAUGGGGACCUGAACCGGGGCCGCACAGGACACUGUGACACUUUCAACAACCAGCCCCUCUGCUCUGAGAACUUCCUUAUUGCUGCGGUGGAGGCCUGGGGCUUCCAAGACCCUGACACCCAGUGAUGGGCCUGCACUGACGAGCCUGAAGCUUUCUUGGCCUCACUGCAAGUCCGCACCUGAAGAAGUGACUCGAGGGACCAAACCUAGACCAGCCAACUCCAUAUCCAGGCACCUCCCCAGCUCAGAACCAGCUGGAUUCAUGGGAGCUUCUCAUCCUUCCUCUCUAGCCUGGUGGCCUCCUUGAGCCCAUUGCAGUCGCAGCAGUCA